CAUCAGAUGUAUCCAGUAACCUAACCAAUUAUCCUUAUGUGAAGCGAUCGGUCCCAGCUACGAUAAAUGCCGAUCCGUAUGCUUCUACCAAUGUAGACCUGCGUCGAAAUACCGUCCAUGGCAAGUCCACAGCCUUCCUUGGCUGGAUGUUGCUGCUAAACUACAAUUUACUGUUGUAUUCCGAUCGUUCUUGGAACCUCACUGAACAUGGAGGAUGAAACUGACUGUUUGUUUCGGAGAUUCUAAGGUGGUGGUUCCGUGUGGUUCCGGGGCGCUAUCUAUUCGCGAUCUUGCUUUCAGUGCGCUCAAAAGGGUCAAGCACACUUUCCCGAAACUAGACGCACAUGAUCGCAUUGUUGUGCACAGCCUGACAAGCGCCCGAGAUGGGGGGAUCUUGGAUUGGGACGACUGCGUUUGCGAUGUACUGGACGACCGGGAGCUGGUGGUUGCUCAGUACUCCAUCGUCACCCUUACCAACUGCACGUCAUCCUGGCAGGCCAGAACUUUCCCCCAUGAUCAAUUGUUCCCUCAUUUGUGCGCGCCUUUGAUUGUUGAUCCGUUCUGCGAACGCUGGGCGAAUGCUUUGUUUCAUGGUGACCCCAAGUCGACUGAAGUUAGCGGAAGCAGCGAAAGCGGAAGUGAUCAUCAUCCUGUAGAUCUUUCUGUUACUUUAACGAGCGCCACUUAUCCGAAGCACCACUACUUCAACUCGAUUCAGUUUUCUUCUGUGGCUGAUGAGAGCAAUAGUAGCAGCAGUCUCAGUCUGAACAUGAGUGCAAACAGUUGUGGAGUGGAUCACCCGACGAAUACGCACGUAUGGCAUCUCGUUGGCUCAGAACUCGAUUCGGUCGGAAAAAGCAGCAUCCUUUCCGAGUGCAGCGGACCUACGCGCGCCCGUAAUCCACCUGUUUCUUGCGUCAACAAGGCAACCGAAACCGAGAACAUCGCAUGUGUGAACCGUGCUGCUGCCCCUUUUUGCACUAUCCCCAACGAGUUUGUCCCACUCCGCUACUCCCCACCCUCAACCGAAAUCGAUGCGCUGAAAGGCCGCUCAAAGGAACACUCUCCAGCUUCGCUGCGGGAUGUCCCGUUCAGUGGCUUCAACAGUGUGCUCUCCACUCUCGGUCAUCACUCUGAUUAUGUUGCAACGAAUUGGGGAGGUGAAGAUAAUGUGGGGGCAUCCCAUCUUUUGUGGAACGGCAGCGAACCCUCCACAACAUCCUCCGUAACUUAUGUCCACGGAACCAAGGUUGACUGGCAUCUCCCUCCAUUUCCACACAUAUCACGAGAGACAUCCUCUUUGUCGUCGUUUGGGGAUGCAAAUCGUCCUCACGGUUCGUACGACAUAGGCUGUUUUUCAGCGGCACCAGUUCCACUGUCCCUUUCACUUCCCUCCACGGUUCCCAAUGAGUUCCGAACCAGACUCGGUGAAGUUGGUGAUGACCUACUGGAUGUUGUUGCGACUGAGCCAUAUUGCGACAACUUACAGAGGCCUCAGUCCGCGGUUUCUCCUGAUCACGCGCUAUGUAUGCAUGACGAAUCCGCUCCCUGCACCUCGGAUACAAUCAAUAUCAAAGUUACAGAUACUUCGCUGGACUGCUCGUCAACCGUACCGUGUACUUCUACCAGUGAUUCGUCCUUGUUUUCACUCAAUAAUGCGGAACCUCCGUUAUCAAUGUGGAUGUUGCCGAGAUCACCCGAAAGUCCACAACAUAUCCACACUAGUGUGAGCUCACCAGACACAUUUUCCGUCACCUCGGAUCCACCCUCUCCACUCUGCAGCACAGUGUCCAACUCGGGGAGCCGACCAUUAUUCUGCUCGUUGACUGUCUCGACAAUUCCGGAGGAGGAAGAGGAAGAAUAUUCAGUAGACUAUGACCAGAGUAUCCCGGCAAGUCCUGCGCAUCGAAACCAUCGCCCCACAGACCCGUGUCCCCGCACUUUAGAUGGCCUCGAUGGUGGCUGUGGGAAUUACGAGGAGGACUACCCACUUCUUCGUCCAGAUUAUUUUAUCAGCCUGGAGCGCCCAGAGCAUAGUAACAACGUCAACGGUUUAACAGAGAGAUUCCGCAACACACUUUCCCUUAAUUCGAAUAAAACAGUGGAGGACAAUUUGGCUGAAGUUUUUAAGCCUACUCAGAGUUCCACGGCUUUCUCAUCCAGCCCGUCUGCUACGAAAGCGUUGAGUUGUUUGGAGUCUAGUCAAGCGUCUGACUCUUUGUUAUCUUCCUCUCUGACUUCAACCCUUGACUGUGGUAUUCCGUCACACAAUUCCGAUGUUCGCACAUCUAUUUCACAUGAGAGCGCGAAAGAGCGCAACUUGGAAGAAAAUACACAACCCGAGAACAUUCCCAUGGCCAUUUCACGGUCAUUGUGUACCUCAGGCACGGUUAUUGUCCGGCUAGUGAACACGAGGCCCGGUGAAAACUUGGGCAUACAAAUUAAGCCGGUGUACGUGCAUUCCGUCAAAACUUCAACGGAAGACCUUCAUAAUCCCUGUACAACAAAGGCCAAGAUCGAAUCAGGUCUUGAAGUGCAUAACGUACUACCCAACGGUCGUGUUGCUCGAGAACGCUGCUUAUCUGUCGGCGAUCACAUACUCGGCAUCAAUGGUGUUUCUCUCAUUGGAGUUCCAUUUGAAAAGGGGCGUGACUUGUUUCAAGCUGCGCUCAGGCAAAAUGAAUUUACCCUGGAGGUUCUACCGCUCACGGCCCGGUUAAAAAAGCUCACAGAAGAAAGUGAGCGGAACCUGUUUUCUUCAGCUAAGAAUGUACUCAGGAGUAACGCAUCGGUUGGAGGUGAAGUUCGGACAGGCAUCCGUCAGGACAGGCCUGCUCCACCACCCCCACCAAGACGCUCUCCAAACACGGUUCUCACAAACCCUACCCCUGGAGUUGAUUCGUCAGUGCUGAGCACUUUUCCUGCCGAAGCUAAGCAUUGCGCUACGAUCACUUCAAUGCAACCUUCGGUACCUACGGAGGAACCGAACAUUGCUUAUAGUUUACCGCCGACUGGAUUCGUUCCUAUUUAUUUACAAAAGGGUACCUCCGGACUAGGUUUCAGUCUCACCAGUCGUGAUUUGCCGGACACGAAAGGCCGAGCUAUAUACGUCAAGAACAUCUUACUAGACGGGGCCGCUCGAGUAGAUGGCCGGUUACGUGCUGGCGAUCGAUUAAUCCAGGUUGGCGAUCUGGAUGUUGAUGCCCUUGGACAGGCACGCACAGUCGCGUGGCUACGUGAGAGACCCACAAACAGUGUCGUGCGGCUUUUGAUUUGGCGACCUGGUGAGGAUAAUCCCACAAGUGUUUGCAAAAAUCCGUGUGAUUCGACACCAUCUACGUCUGCCAGCAGAAUGCCAAUCGUUCAGCUCUCCGAUACUUCUGCUGCAAAAACCAACAGCAAACCCACGAGCACUGCUUCUGUGCUGCUCGAACGAGUAUGCGUGUAAAGUUAACGUUUUUGCCCCAUUGUAAAUCGUUUUUCUUAUAGACCACUGCUUUCAUGUUUUCCUUCAUCUUAUGACGUAAUUUGAUCCCCGUUUGCGAUUCAAUGGCCAUCUUUUGCAGAUUGCUUAUUGGAUCAAAUCACUUAACAACUUUCUAAUACUUGAUGACUGUUGAGCCACGCGAAGAAAUCCGGUCCAUUUUCAGAAAGACGUAGUUUGCAUUAACACGCUGGUUGCUUUGGCGUCGCUUCUAGCUAUCCUACGCUUCUGGAUCUGUUCCCCCCCUGUUUUAUGGUAGCAUGUCUGCAACUCAUGUUCUGCCGUUUCUUCUGCUUAGAAGCUCGUAGUACUUGUUUUCACAUCACCGAUCAAUAACUACUGUGCUAACAUUUACUC